UCAUUCGAUAUUUCUCACCAAUCUAUUUUUGCGCCAGAAAAGAGGGGUUUUCAUUUUUGAAGCAGAGAGAGAGCGAAAACCCCAAGAGAAGAGCCCUUCAUAACUCCUGUCUUCGAAAUCGAACGGAAGCCAUGGCUGAAGAAGCUCCGGUGUUGGAAGUCUCUGCUGCGGAGGCGGCGGAGCAACGUGGAGCAGUCCCGAAUGCCCUAGAAACCCAGGCCUCGAACGAGGCCACCAUGGAAUCCGGCGUACUGGGAGGUACUAUGGAGUCUACUUGCAACAACGAUAACGUUUCCGCUGCGACCUCCGACGCCGAAGGCGAGAAGUCACUGGAGCUCGCAGAUCAGCUGAUGGAGAAGGGAUCCCAGGCCCUCAAGGACUCCGAUUACGGCGAGGCUGCCGAGUUCUUCAGCCGUGCCCUAGAAAUCAGGGUUGCCUGUUAUGGCGAGCUUGCUCCUGAAUGUGUUAAUUCAUACUACAAAUAUGGAUGUGCAUUGCUUUACAAAGCUCAAGAGGAAGCUGAUCCCCUAGGUAAUGUACCAAAAAAGGAGGGCGAAUCUCAACAUGAGUCUGCAAAAUAUGGACCUGUUAAGAGUGUCACAAAUGGUGAAUCUUCCACAGCUUCUGCUUCAAAGAAAGUAGGAGAUGAAGAGACUGUUACUGUGAAUAAUCCAGAGGCCGUAGCUAAUGAUGCUUUCAAUGGGAAUGACCAAGAGGAAGGUGAUGACAACAGUGAUGAUGAGGACCUGGCUGAAGGUGAUGAAGAUGAAUCAGACCUUGAUUUGGCAUGGAAGAUGCUAGAUGUUGCAAGAGUGAUUGUGGAGAAACAGGUGUCUGACACAAUGGAGAAAGUGGGCAUAUUAUCAGCUUUGGCAGAAGUUGCCAUGGAGAGAGAGGACAUUGAAACUUCUCUCAGUGACUACCAGAAAGCACUAUCCAUCUUAGAGCGUUUGGUUGAACCUGACAGCCGACAUAUUGCUGAACUAAACUUUCGAAUAUGUUUAUGUCUGGAGCUUGGGUCUAAGCCCGAGGAGGCCAUUCCAUACUGCCAGAAAGCUAUUUCUGUUUGCCAGGCUCGAACGAAGCGGCUCAUAAAUGAAGCAAAGAGUUUAGCAGAAUCAACGUCAUCAUCAACAUCUGCUUCUGAUACAGACAAACAGGAAGAGAUAGAAACACUAACAGGCCUUGCCAGUGAUCUAGAAAAGAAGCUUGAAGAUUUGCAACAGCUAGUGUCAAACCCAAAGUCGAUUCUUGCUGAAAUCCUAGAAAUAGCAGCUGCAAAGUCAAAAGGCGGUGAGAUCGGUGCAUCUUCUUCUGCACUGCCGCAUAAGUCUUCACCGAUGGAUACUGCUAAAAGCAAUGGAGGUUUUGACACUCCAACUGCUUCUACUGCUCAAACAAGUGGAUCUUCUGGGGUCACACAUCUUGGAGUGGUAGGAAGAGGAGUCAAGCGAGUGGUGAUGAAUUCGGGCACGGCCGAAUCAAGUCCACCCAAGAAACCUGCAUUAGAUUCUUCAGAAGAUAAGAAGUAAUGGCAAGAUCUCUUGAAGGUAUAGGAUUCAAUAAUGUGCAAAUGAAGGAACUUAAAACUAAAGGUUUUGGAUUCUGUUAAUUAGGGAAACCGAUAAAACUCCUUUUGCAGACAAGUCUCAGACAAGUCAACUUUUUCUAUGGUAGAUCUUGUCGUUUCUUGUAUCGAAGGUUAUGCAUUCAUGCAACAUUGACCGUGUA